AUGACGUCUGUGCUUGGUAACAAGUUUGCCAUCGCUGGCCUCGCCGUGGCCACGGCUGUUGUUGGUUACUGCAUCUACUUUGACCAGAAGCGCCGUUCUGCCCCUGAUUUCCGCGAGAAGCUUGCCGAGAAGCGCCGCCUGCAAAAGAAGCGGGAAGAGGAGGAGCGCAAGGCCCAGGUUCAGGCUGACGGCUCCCCCGCGCCCGAGACGCUUCGGGAUCAGCGUGCGCUGAAGCAGUACUUUGUUGACACCAUGGCCGCUGGUCAGGAGGCAAUGCAGCAAGGCGAGUUUGACAAGGCUGCACAGUGCUUUGUGAAUGCGCUGCGGGUGUACCAGGACCCCGCGGCGCUGCUGCAAGUGCUCAAGCAAACGGUGCCGCCGGAGCUCUUCAUGCAGGUCGUGCAGCAGCUGCAGGCCCUCCAGGCAAAGGCACAGCAGGGCGGCGCACAGUAG